CAAAUUCGUUCUCGUUUCAUCAAUACAUAUUACAGCAUGUUCGCCAAGAUCGUGGCCGUCUCGGCUCUCGUCGCCGUCUCCAACGCCCUCAUCUCCGACGUACUUAGUGGCCACGGCGCCACCUCGUACAGCUCGCUGUCGCACGCCGCCCCCGUGAUCGCCCACGCCGCUCCCGUCUACUCCCACGCCGCUCCCGUCUACGCCCACGCCGCUCCCGUCUACGCCCAUGCCGCUCCCGUGGUGGCUCACGCCGCCCCUGCUCAUGGACACGCCGUGGAUUAUCACGCUUACCCCAAGUACGAGUUCAACUACGGUGUGCAGGAUGCCCAUACUGGCGACCAUAAGACCCAGCAUGAAGUGAGGGAUGGGGAUGUUGUGAAGGGAUCGUACUCGUUGGUGGAGCCCGAUGGUACUACUCGUACUGUUCAUUACUCCGCUGACCACCAUAAUGGGUUCAACGCUGUGGUUGAAAGGACCGGACACGCUGUACAUCCUGGGUAUAGCAAGGUUGUAGCCGCUCCUGCUGUGGUUGCUGCUCCUGCCUAUUAUCAUCAUUGAGGUGGUUUUUGGUUGUUUUUUAUUUCUUCUGGAAAUG